UGUUCAAACAGCUGUUUGACCAUGUUUUGCUUUAACUCAUAGACAACUUCAUACCAAUAUCAUCGCACCGUUCGUUCGUACAGAAAUCAGCCACUCAGUAAUAUUUUCGUGUUCGCUUUUGUGGUUCGUGUAACGAGGCGAUAACAAAUCGAAUUUUAUUUUGUGUUGACAUAUUCAUAUAAACCAGUGAACAUUUUAUAAUUUGUAUUACAAUAAAGUGAGUUUUAUCAAGAAAGAUAUUAGGUGCAACGAAUUUGGUGUUCGAAAAUUUGGUGACUAGCUAAAUCCUUUCACAACACAAAGGAUACAUACCAGAGGGACUUCAUUUCUUCGUCUCCUCAAACGUAAUACAAGAAGAGUUGGGAAUGAUAAUAAAGAAGUACUUCAGACAAACGUAGUGAAGGUGGAGAAGUUUCGUGUGUUGUGGUAUGGGCAUGCGGUGAGACCCAGUGAACUUCAUCGUCAUGACGGAGGGAGAGAGACAGCAAAGCGCCGGUGGCACCAAUGCCGCCCCACAGCACAGAAAAGGACACCGGAGACAAGAGUCCAUGUAUGCUAUGACGGGGUUGUACGCGGAAUCGGGUUGUGCGGAAGCUGGAGGGGACGACGCAGCUGGUCCAAGCACUCCGCCUCCCCCCUCACACCCACCCCGGGAACCCGGGAAAUGCCACAGCCGAAAUCCGUCAGCUGGCAUUUGCGACAGAGAUCGCGAGAGAGAAAAAGAGAAACCCCGUCAAUUGUACCCAGAAAUAUUAGACAUUCCUCAUGACGCACGAGACUGCGGUAUCUUGUCAUGGAGACCGCUUUUUAUUCAGAGCUUUUCUAGUAUUAAAGUAUUUGUAUUUUUCCUUUCGUUCCUUGUCACGCUACAGCAAGCAUUAAGUUCGGGGUAUAUCAAUUCUGUGAUCACAACAAUAGAAAAACGCUUCGAGAUCCCAUCGAGCCUCUCAGGGCUGAUUGCGAGUAGCUAUGAAAUAGGAAAUGUCAUCACCGUAAUCUUUGUCUCAUAUCUCGGCAGUAGAAGACACAUUCCAGUUUGGAUUGCAGUCGGCGCUGUUAUUAUGGGCAUUGGAUCACUGGUGUUUGUACUACCUCAUUUCAUAGCGGAAGUAAACAGUGAAACAUUAAUGAACAAUAAGACGGACGACAACAUUUGUCGACUAGUGCCCAGGGCUCUGGAGCAAGAUAUGGGCGGUUUAGGCCGUUUGUCCCAAGGUCUACCGCCAAGCAAUCUAAGGCCUGACAAUUGCAUAAAAAGUUCUCCAAGUACGUUCCUGCCAGUGAUGGUGUUCAUUGUGGCACAACUACUCCUUGGCUGUGGAGGAUCACCUCUCCUGACUCUCGGCACGACAUACGUCGACGACCACGUUCGCCCUGAGUCAUCUAGCAUGUAUAUAGGCUGUAUGUACAGCAUGGCAGCUUUUGGACCAGUGCUUGGCUUCUUACUUGGAGCGUAUCUUCUGCAAUUUCAUAUGGAUUCCUUCUCUGGAACUAUAAUAUCAAUAGAUCCGGACGAUCACCGCUGGGUGGGCAUGUGGUGGGGCGGUUUCUUACUGUGCGGCCUUCUUCUCAUCUUGGUCGCAAUACCAUUCUUCUCAUUUCCCAAAGUUCUGGUGCGAGAAAAAGAGAAGAUCAGACUAGUGGAGAAGGCAGCUGCUGCUAGCGGUACCUAUACCGCCAAACCGAAACCUCAAAGCGACAUCAAGGACACUGGAUAUGGGAAGGAUAUUAAAGACAUACCGGUGUCGAUGUGGCGCCUGCUCAAGAACCCCGUGUACGUGGUGACGUGCCUCGGCGCGUGCAUGGAGCUUAUGAUAGUGUCCGGCUUCGUCGUGUUCCUGCCUAAGUAUCUAGAGACGCAGUUCAGUCUCGGCAAGAGUCAAGCUAGCGUGUUCACCGGUUCCAUAGCCAUCCCCGGUGCAUGCAUCGGCAUCUUCAUGGGUGGUUGUUUACUGAAGCGUUUAGAGCUACGACCCAAGGGAGCGGUCCAAUUCGUCCUCAUAUCGAACACUAUUUGUCUCUCGUGCUACGCUCUGCUGUUCUUCCUCGGCUGCGAUAACAUCAAGAUGGCCGGCACCACCAUACCUUACACCAAUAACAGCAACUUGGAGCCGUUCAAAGUGAAUCUGACGGCGGCGUGCAACUUCAACUGCCUCUGUACGGAAACGGACAUGGAGCCAGUGUGCGGCAACAACGGACUUACGUACUUCUCGCCCUGCCACGCGGGCUGCGCCGCCUUCUCCUCGCGGUACAACUUCACCAACUGCGCGUGCGUGCAUGAGAACGUGGGCGAGCCAAUGGCAGCAGUCGUAGGCGGUGCUUCAGCCGCUGCACUAUCCGGCGCGGGCGUAGUCGGUGCGGGCGCGGCCGGGCACUCUUUCGGGGGCGAGGUGACCGUCGUGCCGGUGGCCACGGCCGGCGCCUGCAACCCGCCCUGCACCACCAUCUUCCCCUUCCUCGUGCUGCUGUUCUUCAUGACCUUCGUGGUGGCCGUCACGCAGAUGCCGCUGCUCAUGAUAGUGCUCAGGUCUGUAAGCGAGGAAGAGCGGUCGUUCGCUCUCGGCAUGCAAUUCGUGAUAUUCCGGCUGUUUGGGUACAUCCCCGCGCCCAUUGUAUUCGGCAAUCUCAUCGACUCCACCUGCCUUCUGUGGAAGCAAUCCUGUAGCGGCGAGAAAGGAGGACGAUGCCUGCUCUACGAUAUAGAACAAUUUAGAUAUAGAUACGUCGGCCUCUGCGGCGGUAUAAAGAUAGUAGCAUUAGGUAUUUUCCUAGCCGACUGGUGGCUGGUGCGGAGACGCAGGAACUUAGAAACCGCCGCGCCUCUGGAUCCCCACAAAGAUAUAGCGGGUUCGAUCAUAAGUCUCGAUAAAUUAUUCGAAGAGUUGCCGUCGGCGGACAACGCGAGCGGUUUCCGUUCGGGCGUGACGUCCGACCCCAGUUCGGCGACGAGCACGCCCCUGGAGGCGGGCCUAGGCGUGCCCUACGAUGCCGCGGCCUCGGCCAGGUUACAGCGCACCGACUCACAGUACUCGCAGGGGUCGCAGACACGCGGCAACAACUCGCGCGUGCUCGUAGCCUCACGCCAUCUGCGCAACGACUCCAAGACCAUACAACUGGAGCCGCGCGCGCGACAGCACUCCCUCGAGGAGACCGCCCGCCACCACUCGCGCAGCGGCUCGAGGGACCUCAGCCUAGACCAACUCAAACACCUCGCUCUCAAGAGCAUGGAGAGCCUCGACCUGACCGUGCUGCCGCUCACCAAGUGCGGGGACGAGGAAAGCAAGCGGCUCAUAGAAGGCGGCGCGGGUGUGCUACGUCACCGACGCACCGGCUCGCGCGACCUGAAGCCCCCGCAGCACCGGCACAAGCGCACCUCCUCGCACCACCUCACGCUGGAGCCCGACCGCGCAUUGCAACUCCAGAAGGGCCGCAGCGUCGACCACCUAGCCGCCGCCGCGACGCCCCAAGACCCGCGCCUCUGACUCUCCAACUAGACACGUCAUACAGAUCGGUUCACGAAAGAUGACCACAAAUGGCGGCCGCCCGCGCAUGUACACUUGUCAAUGGCUCUUUUGCCUGCGUCAAUGCCACGAUAGACGAAUAGCGACUGAGCAGUCUAUCACGCGACGAGCGCGCACCAAUGGCGUCGCUUCGUUUUGACGCAUUCUGCCUGCGCCGCACCUUGCACCUCCAACAGGACCUACAAUGCAUUUUGCGCAGUGUGUGCGCAGUUCACUCUCGUGAACCGUCCUAUAUCUCGAUACAAUGUUCGCACGGAACCUUACCGCCGAAUGAGUGAUUGAUCAUAUCUUAUCGUAGUCUCGACGCUUUCCCGUAGUGAUUAAAUUAAACUCUAGUGAAACUUUCUAGCUUGUUACGCUCUCCAUAGUGAAGAGUCGUCUUAGAGAAAUGUAGAUUGUUUAAUUUUUGAUAAUUCAUAACCGAGAGUCAAUUGUGAUCGUUAACGUUUGCGUCGUAAACGGUGAUCUAAAAGAAGCGAUCGGUCCAGUGUGCCGCGGAUGUGGUGCGUCGAUCUGAAAGUGGCUUUACUUUAGACGCUUCGUACUUUUAAGGAAAAGAAAGAAAAUUUUUAAAUCUCAAUAUAAAACUAUUUUAAAAAUUUGUAAAUUCAUAAGUGUAACUCAUAUUUAUGUACUUAACGAAGUGACCAUUCUUCUGAAUAAUAAAACAAUAGGAGCGUUUCUGUAGCAACUUGUCAUUGAACAUGUAGACUCUUUCACACCUACACCACACAGUAUGAUCUUAUACAAUAUAAUACAAUACAAAUAGUUUCAGAACCAAGUACAAUCAAUUUGUUAGUUAUAUCUUAUUAGGCAAUUAUUUUAAAAUCGUGGGUCACCUUUAUUUCAUCUAAAUAAGAAGUAAUUUAAGAUACACUAAAUAUAAUGUCAAUAAAUAAUAUGAUUAUUAACAUUCCUUUAGUACGUACUAAUAAUUUGUUUUAUAUAAAUGACAACUAUAAGACCACCAAAAAAAAUUAAGGCAACUAAAUUACACUAAUGUGUAUAACAUUUUUAAUGUAUUUACUAUGAUCUCAAAAUGUUGAUUAUUAUG